AUGAUUUCUCCAUUGACUGCUUCUAUCACUGAUGAUGAGAUUAGGAUUGCUUUAUUCUCUAUCCUGGAUGAUAAAGCCCCGGGCCUGGAUGGAUUCACAUCUUUGUUUUUUAAGCGGGCAUGGAAUAUUAUUGGUAUAGAUUUCAGAGAUGCAGUGAGACAUUUUUUUGCUACUAAUGAAAUGCCAAGAUGUGUUAAUGCCACCAGGAUUGCUUUGGUUCCUAAGUUUAAAGUAGUGCUUCCGGAUAUUAUUGGGGUUUCCCAGUCAGCUUUUGUCCCGGGUCGAAGGAUUUCUGAUAAUAUUUUGCUGACUCAGAAGCUUUUGCGAAAUUAUCAUCUUGGGGGUACUUCACCUCGAUGUGCCCUUAAAGUCGAUAUUCGUAAAGCUUUUGAUACUAGCUUCACGGUUUUUUUAGGUCCUCCCGGGGUGUUUGGAAAGGGGACCCUUUGUUCUCCUUACCUUUUUGUGUUGGCUAUGGAGGGAUUAGCUGUUAUUUUUUGGGAAACCUCUCACAGCCCUGGUUUUCAUUAUCAUUGGAGAUGUAGGCGGGCAGCUAUUACUCAUUUGUGUUUUGCAGAUGAUUUGAUGGUGUUUUGUAGAGCAGUUGCUUCCUUUGUUAGCUUGAUCAAAUCGGCCUUGGAUUAUUUUGCUAAGGUUAUUGGAUUAGUGACUAAUGCAGAGAAGAGCUAG